AUGUUGGUUCCCGGAUCGCCUGUCGCGGCAGAUUUCCACAGGCGCGACACUGCCCAGCGACGUCGCCAGCGUCAGGAUUUCAACCGCCAACAUGCUGCGCAUGCUUUGGGUCCCCUGGGGGAGGGGGAUAGAGUGUGGAUACGCGAUGCAAAUAGGGUCUAUUAUGCUGGCACAGUCCUUAGCCUAGUACAGCGUCCACGCUCCUACGUUGUCCAGACGGAUGCAGGUGCCCUCGUCCCGAACCGAAGACAUCUGGUACUGCAGCAGUCUCCAUCAACGGGUGGUUGCGACAUUAGCAGCUCUGGUCCAGGGCCGCAGGAAUCCCAAGGUCCACCACGGUCUCCACUUCGCCCAGAGCCUGCGUGCAGCAGUCCCACUCCCAGGGCAGCUAGUUCUCUACCAGUUGCAUCGCCACAGGGACCCCUUCUGCUCCCUCAAGACUAUCUGCGUCGGGUGUGCGCACUAGGUCUGGACGUUGCGUUAGGCCACCGGUGCGGCUGA